AUGGCCACCGUCACCCGCACGCCCCUCGUCUCGGCCACGACGACGACUCCACACCGCCUCCGCCCGCGCUCCACCCUCAACGGGCCCGACCUGAUCCAGUCCCACUACGCCACCACCGAUGACCACGACGGGUCAGGGCCUCUGCUCGACUUCUCCGACAUGGUUGCCGCCGUCGCUCGCUUCCAGCGCAAGUUCAAGGCCUACACCGACCACGCCAUCGCCACCAUCAACGACGAAAAGGCCGACUUUGACGCGGGCCGCCUCCAGCACGCCAACCACCUCAGCACCCUCGACCGCGAGAUCGAAGAGGCAAAGUCGGCGCAACGUCAGCUCUGGGACACCGUCUCCCAGGAGCGAGAGGCCGACGCACAAGUACGAUCGCGCAUCCAGGCACUCACCUCGCAGCGCGCCUCGCUCUCGCAGCGCAGCGCCGAGCUCCAGGCCGAGAUCAGCGAGGCAAAGGCCAAGCUCGAGGCCAAGAAGAAGGCCAAGCACGCCCAGCGCCAACGCUUCCGCGCCCAGGUCGACCAGAACGGGCCCGAACUCAAGCUGCUCGAGUCUCGCACCGGCUGCUCGAUCCAGCCGACAAAGGUGGGCGACCAGCUCCGGUUCACCUUCCAGCUCGUCAAUCCAGACGACUGGUCCGACGAGUGCUUCUUUGUCGUCGAUGUCAGCAAGCCCCAAUACGCAGUCUCAUCGCACCGCCCGCAGCUGGCUCCCGCCGUCUUCGAGCCGAUGCUGGACGAGCUCAACUCGACGCGCAAGUUCUACACCUUCGUCAAGCAGAUGCGCCACGCCCUCGCCGACGAGACCGAGCGGCGGCGCAAAGAGGCCCGCGAGGCCGCCAGGCGCGCCGCCGCCUAG